CCUUAAAUGACACUUCCACUUGGGCAGCUACAUCGCUUACCAUCCACUGAACUAGCAAGUCUAUAGGAAAUCGAAUCCAACAUGACAGGGCUGGAACCACUUGUGCACACGAUAUAUCACGAGAGGCAGCAAGAAGGAUCAAAUCUUUGUGCGCAGCAUGCCCUCAAUUCACUACUUCAGGGAAACUAUUUCACAGCGCCCGAUCUUUCUCAAUUCGCUCGGAAGUUGGACAUACUGGAAGAGUCAUCGCGUUAUGACGACGCCAAUCGAGCACGUACUAGUACCAAUAUGGAUGAUACAGGAUUCUUCUCCGUGCAGGUGUUAGAAGAGGCACUCAAUAUCUGGAAUCUCAGCCUCGUUCGAUGGCGCUCUGAAGCUAUGAAGCCAUAUCAGAAUGAGCCGCAUAACCAAAUCGCAUUCGUACUCAACCAGAAUCAACACUGGUACACGUUGCGACGAUUUGGAGAUCUUUCUAUUCCAGGGGAUGGACACUGGUUCAACCUCGAUUCCACCAAGCGUCAGCCACGAUGGAUCAGCAAACUCUACCUUGGCAUGUUCCUGCAACAAGCUGAGAGCGACGGAUACUCUAUCUUUACAGUCACACAGAUUGAUCCAGAUGCACCCUCUCAAAUUCCCCACACAGACGCAGAUGAUAUCGCAUCUACUUUCCCAGAUCCUACCUCGGCUUCAUCGUCACCCCGGGAUGACGUGGAGUCUGGCUUCGAGAACGAAGAUAUGGAGCUGCAAGCAGCCUUGCAAGCAUCACUGGCUGGGGCUGGAGAAAUAGGCGGUUCAUGGACUAUGCCGAUUUCCUACCCUCCCGCGCAGAGUAGUCUAUUCGCCUCUGACAUUCGUGGAUCGGGUUCAACGAGAGGAGUUAUGCCAGGCAUUCCUCCCAACCAAGACCCGUACGGAAACGCUGACGUUGACCCAAUUACUGCUUCCAUGGAGCGUGAUCGUGUGCUCAUGGAGCGCAUGCGACAUGAACAAGAAUUGGGGUUUAGACAGCAGUAUGAGGAAGAGGCUGCGCGGUUUGGAAGUCGGCAGCCGCCAUACGGAUCACAAGCAGAAGAUGGCAAUGAAGACGAGCAUCUCCGUCGUGCAAUUGCGGAUUCGCUAGCAGGACGGCACGCCAGAGGAGAACUGGAUGAUGAUGAUUCCGAAGAUUCAGACUACACACCUCCCCAAGCAAGGAUACCAUAUAGCAGGGGAAAUGUGGACCGAGUUUACGAUGACGACGAUGCCAACUUUCAGGCUGCGCUAAGCGCAUCAUUGGAGCAUGUGUCAUCUGAAUUCAUCCCUCUUCCGGUACAACCACUUCAGACACGACAAGCACCUCCGCCUCACAUCUCAGCAGCUGUUGAGGAUGACCAGAUUGACAAUCAAUCUGAAGCAGAUACUAGUACGAUUGUGUCUGAACCGGAAGCACCGAGAGAGUCUGUCAGUGUGGAAGAGAUGCGCAGAAGAAGGUUGGCAAGAUUCGGUGGUUGACCGGGACCAGCGACA